AAAGGAGACAUACGUUGACAGAUAAACAUCCAGACCAGAUCAUGAUACUGAAGAUGAUGAAGACUGCCAUCACAUUGGUGGCCUUUAUCUUGAUUCUCUCAUCCCCCGCUGUCCUGGCUUCUCGCAGCUUCUAUAGUCCAGACGAAUGCUGUUUUGUCUUCUACCCCAGACCUCUGUCUGUGAAGAAGGUGGUGAGCUACAAAUACACAGACAGGAUGUGUCCUAUGGAGGGUGUGCUCUUCACCAUGCAGAGUAAUGCAAACAUCUGUGGCGACCCAUCUGUGGAGUGGGUCAAGAACGUCCUGAAGGCCAAACAAAAAGUCAGGCCUAAAAAUGAGUAGGGCUCUCUGCACAAAAAUGAAGAAUGGCUCCACUUCAAAGCUUGCAGAGCCAAGAAGAAGAUGAUCUAAACAUGUGUGAUGCAUGAUUAAAAAAAAAUAAAAUAAUGCAUGCAGUGAAAAUUCUUGGAUCCAUUCUUUUAUCGGUUUUCUCUUUUCAGCGUUCAACUGUUGUAUUGGAAGAUUAGAUGUAAGAUCUACAGUGAUGAACAAAUAAAUUCAACUUUAAACUGC